AUGGGUUGCUGCUUUUCCUCGCCUCGUCGUGACGAAACUGUCUCGCAACAUGCCUCGCGAGUAGUCGCGGACGAGCGUCAGCCAGACUCAAUUCCUCAUCCUACCCAUCCAACUCCAAGUUCAAACAUUCUGCCCGCUUCUACCAUUGCCUACCGACGCGCGACGAACCAGUAUGCGCUGAGCGAGCAUUUCAACGCCCCGAUUCGCCGCCAUGUCUGGUACAGCAAGCGUCGGCUGUGGAGUCGGGCGACGUUGGACCAGGAGCGCAAAGACUUCUUCGAGACGAGAGUGACGGGGCGUCCGGAGGUUUGGGCUGCUUUAUCGACGGCGCUGACCUUGAUGCGCGCCAACGAUCUUGCGACAGCCCAGAGCAUCAUUGACGCCGCCGGGAUAACGGUGCCCACGGGCGAUCCCUGCCAGGGCUGCUAUGACGAGCAAGGGGUGCUUUAUCGGCUGCCCCAGUGUAUCGUCAGCGAUCCGGAAAACAUAGUGCGAUCAAGGUCCGAUGGCGAGGUCGAUGGCGGCGACGACGACGACUUCGACACUGAAGACGGUAAAUUAUCGGCGGACGAAGCCUCGGGCGACGAACUGAUCACGGAGGAGCUUGAACGGCGCAGGGAUGAAAAGGGCAAAACCCGGGAGCGAGAUCUGAUCUGUGUCAAAGCACGACUCAGCGACAGGGGUGGACCCGACGUAAUCGUGGCCGUCGGAAACGCGCAGAAUGUAGGCUUUAUUGCCCGGAAGGUGCAGCAAGAAGCUAGGAUUCCCAGGAGUCAUCGUGUACGCAUCGCGUAUCUGGGCAAGAUGCUCAAGGAGAAUUCCACCCUGGUCGAGCAAGGAUGGACGCCAGGCCAUGUGGUCAACGCACUGGUUACGAUCAGGCAUUGA